AUGUUUUUGUCAAAAUCUAAUAUGAUUAUUAAAAAACCAAUCUUUUAUUCAAAUUUUAUUUUACUAACUUUAAUAUUAAAUGAAUUACUUUUUUUUUUUCUAUACAGUAAGAAUAACGUCAAUGAUACUCCAUCGACUAUUAAGGGCGAUGAAAUCAAAUUAGAUGAUAAUGGUAAUCCAAUCCCACAAGAAGUAAGAAAACCAAAACGUAAGGUUGCCGUUAUGGUUGGGUAUUGUGGUGCAGGCUAUCAUGGUAUGCAAUAUAAUCCACCAAAUGACACAAUUGAAUCUGAAUUAUUCCGUGCUUUUGUUAGGGCCGGUGGUAUUUCUUUAGCUAAUUCUAACGACUUAAAGAAAAAUGGGUUCAUGAGAGCUGCAAGAACUGAUAAGGGUGUCCAUGCUGGUGGUAAUUUGAUUUCCCUAAAAAUGAUUAUUGAGGAUCCUGAUAUUAAAGAUAAAAUUAAUGAAGCUUUACCUGAAAGCAUUAGAGUUUGGAAUAUUGAAAGAGUUAACAAAGCUUUUGAUUGUAGAAAAAUGUGUGGUUCUCGUUGGUACGAAUAUCUAUUACCAACUUAUACUUUGCUUGGUCCAAGACCAGGUUCAAUUUUAUAUAAUGAUAUCGAAGAGAGUAAAAAAGAAUUGCCGAAUGUUUUAGACGAAGAUUCAGAAUCUGCUGAUUUUUGGAAAUCUGUCGAAGAAGAACAAAGUAAACAUUUCACUAAAGAAGAGAUUGAAGCAAUUAAAAGUUAUGUUCCACCUCCAAGAGAUGAAUUUGAUGACUCGGAUGGUUUGUAUCAAAAAGUUAAACAAUUUAAAUUGAUUGAAAAUCUACACCGUAGAAAAUACAGAAUCAGUCCAGCGAAAUUAAUAAAAUUUAGGGGAGCAAUGCAAAAAUAUUUGGGAGCACACAAUUUCCAUAAUUUUACAUUAGGUAAGGAUUUCAGUGAACCAAGUUCUAUCAGAUAUAUGAAGGAAAUCACAGUUUCCGAACCCUUUGUUAUUGGCGAAGCUAAAACUGAAUGGGUUUCUAUUAAAAUCCAUGGUCAAUCAUUCAUGUUACAUCAAAUUCGUAAGAUGAUUUCAAUGGCUACUUUAAUUACCAGAUGUGGAUGCCCAUUAGAACGUAUUGAUGCUUCUUUUGGUCCACAAAAAAUUAACAUUCCAAAAGCACCAGCCUUGGGUUUAUUAUUAGAAUCACCUGUCUUUGAAGGUUAUAAUAAAAGAUUAGAAACAUUUGGCUACAAUCCAAUUGAUUUUAGCAAAUUUAAAAAUGAGAUUGACGAAUUUAAGUUAAAACACAUUUAUGACAAAAUUUAUAAAGAAGAAGUUGAUGAAAAUGUCUUUAAUGCUUUUUACACUUAUAUCGAUAGUUUCAACAUGGCUACAGGCGCAAAUGGUGUUGAAACUGAAGAAAAAUCAGGUGCUAACGUCCAAAAGAGUAUUUUUGAUUUCUUAACUGCUAGAGGUAUUCCUGUCUUAUCAAACGAAGAAAUUGAUAAGAUUGCUAAACAAAAUACGAACUUCCAAAAGAGAGAAGCUAAAGCAAAUAAGAAAGAUAAAAAAAAUAAUCAAAGUAACAAUAAGAAAUUCCAAAAGCAAGAAAAGAAAGAUGAAGCUAAAGUAGAAACAAAGGAAUCUCCUGCCAAGAAGAGUUACUUUGGUUGUAGCAUCCAAUAG